CGUCACAGUCAGUCGCAGCGUGGUUCUCUCAGUGAACGCGUGGGUUGUGAUCUGUGCUCUCAUCAUUUGUGUUACGUUUUGGAUACUUGUUCUUUUAUUUCUGUGUGUAUAAUGUAGACAUCUAGUUGUAACAAGGAGUAGUGCGUGACUAAAGAUGACUAACGUGCAACGCGAGUGCCAGUGUCUGUAGUCACAGAAGAUCCUGAGAUGCCGUCCGAGAGUGCUGGAUAUACCAGCGACACGGAUGACCCCUUCUGGCCCAACAUUUCCUCAGAUCUUGCAGCUAUCCGCAAGCUCCUCGAGUCUGACUCGACCUCCGGUCUCUGUCCCAGCUGCAACAUGCCGUUUGACAAGGGCAAGAAGAGGAAGCUCAUAGAUACUUGCGGCCAUGAGCGCUGCUACUCAUGCAUGUUCCGUAAUGAGGCCUGCCCUCUCUGUACCGGUGACGAUCCCGAUGUGCUUCCUGCCAAGAAAGCAUCAGGUCUGAGAGGAUCUCACACAGCGCUGUGCAAUUCGGACAUGAAGGGCUCUCGGCCUCAAGUCAAAACCAACGGCCACUUCACCACUUACAUGCAGACAAGGAACAAUGAAGGCACGCAGGACUGGGUCUCUCCGAGCCGACUGCCCAGACCUGGCAGAUCCGAUACCUGUUGUAAUACGAACACCAUGACACAGAGUUGUCCAACGCCACCUCAAAUCCGUAAGAAGUUUUUUCUUAGUCCAAAGUCACUGCGGAGUUCAUGGGGUCUUCGAGGAUCAUCUAGAGUACCUGCUGACAAUGCACUCUCUGUGAUCAUUUCACCCACGGCAGCUGCGAUGCCUGACAAUCGUCGUUGGUCGUCAGUUGUUCUCGACAAAAUAAAGUCGCUCUGGUUCGUCGGAGGUGUAUCAGCCAUGACUGGGCUCAACCAACUUUCAGAUGAUGAGGGAGGCAACAUCAAGCCUGUCUGCCAGCCCAAGAAGAGCUCCCAGAGUGACCUCUACAUGAGGCUGGGUCUGCUGUUGGGCGAUAAUCCACGGCGGAGCAGGUCUGCCAAUCGUAGCUCCCACAGCCAUGACUCCAUCUCGUCCUUGGCAAGCCUGGAAGCUGGAACUCUUGCAUCUUCCAACACCAGCCCUGUCUCCACCCUCACAGGUUCCUCGGAAGCUGAUGCCCACCGAAACAUGAAGGAGCCAUCCUCUGACAGUGUCGGCUCUCUCAUGUCCAUGUCUGGACACAGCAACUGCUCCUCCAGUCCACUCAGUCGUCGCCACUCUGUCACCACCACCCAACCUGGUCACAUCGAGGAGUUGACAGCAUUCCGCAACAGACGUCAGUCCAUCAGACGCUCUGCUCGCUCCGGUUCUGUCAAGGGACCUAUUGAUCCUAAAGUGAGGUUUGCGCAAUACCGUACACAGCAGCUGACGUUGAAGCCUCUGUUCUUCGAAGUGCCACUGCAGGAACCAGACCCACUGUUUGUCGGCCGGCACUGGCUGGUACGUCGACUGGAGGAAGGGCUGGCAGCACAGGGACCCGGUGCACUGCUCACUGGUUUGCCUGGUACUGGCAAGACAGCAUUGCUGCUGGAACUGGUAGAUUACAGUUGUUUUGGCCGUCGUCAUCAUCGUGACCAAUCCUACAAGCAAGAGCUGUAUGUGUGUAAUGGCAAGGACAGGCCAGCUCAAUCACCUAACACCUCACAGAGUAUCUACUGCCAGAUCAAUCUAGUCUCCGAGAGGAUAAAACACCUUGCAUCACAUGUUGUCGCUUACCAUUUCUGUCAGGCGGACAACAAUACAACGUGUCUGGUUCCUGACUUCAUCCACUCCAUAGCAGCCCAACUGUGUCAGGCACCUCAGCUUUCUGCUUACAAAGACUAUCUUCAGAGCGAACCUCACUUGCAGGUCUCUCUGUCCCUGAAAGAAUGUAUAGCAUCACCAGACGUAGCAUGGCAGCGGGGCAUUAUUGAGCCACUGUGUAGUUUGCGCCGUGUGGGAAAACUAGCAGCGUGUCAGCGAGCAGUGAUACUCGUGGAUGCGCUCUGCGAGGCAGAAUACCACCGGCCCGACACGGGGGAUACUCUGGCAGCGUUUCUGUCUCGACAUGCUCCGACCUGCCCACCUUGGAUCAAGUUCAUCCUAACUGUCAGAACCCACCUGGAUGAGGUCAUGCCUCCCCUCCCAUUCCAUAGGAUCAGCAUGGACAUUUCAAGCAGCAACUGUGAGAACGUUCAAAAGGAUCUCUUGGACUACAUCAACUUCCGAGUGAGCAACAGCCCUAGUAUCCAGAGUAACGUUGUCCCUGGCAGUGCCGGUCAGUUCCGUCUCUGUCAACACUUAGUGGGGCUUGCUCAGGGUUCAUUCUUGUUUGCCAAACUCACCCUGGAUCUCAUAGAGAGAGGACAACUCGUCGCCAAGUCCGCGAGCUACAAGGUGCUGCCUGUUACCCUCGCCCAGAUAUAUCUGCUCCACUUCAACCUACGCUUUCCUACCAUCAAGUCUUUCGAAAAGGUCUCUGCUAUUUUGAGUAUAUGUCUGGCAGCUCUGUACCCACUUACGCUCCUGGAGAUUUACUACUCUGUCAACGCCCUGUGCACUACUGAAUUCCUAACCUGGGAAGAGUUUCUUCAACGUUUCAAGCUUCUAUCAGGACUUCUAGUUAAGAGGCUCGACAACACCUAUAUGUUUUUCCAUCCUUCCUUCAGAGAGUGGCUCAUCAGGCGAGAUGAUGGGGAGAGCAACAAGUUUAUCUGUGAUCUAAGGUCAGGACAUGCCGGCAUUGCCCUGCGCCUGUCUCGCCUGCAAGUGCCUCUAGAUGCUGAGCGCACUCUUGAGCUGGGCCAUCACAUCCUCAAGGCCCACCUCUACAAGAACAUGACACUGCACAAGAACUCCUCUCGGGAUUUGCAGGCACAUUGGAUAGCUUCUGUAUCAGCUGAUGUAUCCGAGGCACUUUGCUCCUUACGUAACAUCUACAGCCCUAACGUCAAGGUGUCCCGUCUGCUCCUGUUAUCUGGUGCGAACGCUGAUCAUACCACCGAGUUUCUGGGUCAGGCACCAGCACUAUGUCUGUUUGCCCAUGAGGGUGCCGGGGAAAUGGUGUCACUUCUUCUGGAAUUUGGAGCAACUCUGGAUAGUCCCAAUAGUCAGGGUUGUACUGCACUAGGGCUGGCAGGAGGGCGGGGUCACAUGGAGGUUGUCAGGCUGUUGGUGGGUGCUGGUGCCUCCCUGGGUCGCAGUGAUACUGCUGGCAGAUGCGCUCUGGUCCAUGCUGCUCGUAACGGACACCUGGAUGUUGUAGCAUACUUACUGGCCUGUGACUGGGUCAUGACGCCAGAUGCUGCAGAUGUGGAGCUCAGAGAGGCAGCUCAGCAAGCUUUAGUUGCAGCUGCAGCCCAGGGACACAAUGAGAUUGUGGAGUACCUGCUGGACAUGUCAGAAGUGGUGCCGGACGGUCAAGACUCUCUGACUGGUGAAACAGCACUAACCGUGGCUGCGUGUAAUGGUUGUCACUCAGUCUGCUCUACACUGCUCAAUCGUGGUGCCAAUAUUGCAGUGCCAAACCAGAAGGACAUGACAGCACUACUUCUAGCUGUGCGGGAAGGUCAUUGGGCAGUGGCCGAGAGACUACUGCAGCAUCACGCCCCCCUGGAGCAAGCUGACAGCCAGGGUCGCACACCACUAAUGAUGGCAGCUGCAGAGAGCCAUGUGGGAUUGUUAGAGUUGCUUCUUGAUAAGGGAGCGGAUCUUACACGAGAGGACUGUGAUGGGUUGACUGCGCUGGGUUGGGCAUGCGUGCGCGGGCGAGGUCAAGCAGCUCAGGUGUUGCUCGACCGCGGCGCAGAGAUCAAUAAGGCGGACAAGACUGGCAGAAUACCUUUGGAUCUGGCUGCUGCUCAAGGCAAUCCCACUCUGGUUCAGAUGCUACUGGAACGAGGAGCAAUGCUAGAGCAUGUGGAUAUGAGCGGCAUGCGACCCCUGGACCGAGCUAUUGCAUGUCGUAACGUGCCUGUGGUGCAGACUUUUCUGCGACGAGGUGCCAAGUUGGGUCCCACUACAUGGACCAUGGCCAAUGGCAAAAUUGACAUUAUGCUUGUGCUCCUCAACAAACUACUCGAAGAUGGGAAUGUUCUCUACCGCAAAGGGAGACUCAAAGAGGCAGCCCAUCGGUACAACUAUGCCCUGAACAAGUUCCCUCCUGUUGAAACUCUGGAUGCCACCUUCCAUCAGCUGCGAAUAAACUUCCUCCUUAACAACUCUCGCUGCAAGCGCAAACUAAAUGAACCAUCUGAGGCUGUGGAACUUGCAACUCAAGUGUUGAAACAAAGGUCUGACUCUUACGAAGCCUAUUAUGCUCGAGCAAAGGCUAGAAUUGACCUCAGACUGUUUGAGGAUGCUCUGUGUGAUGUUCAAGAAGCCAUCUUGCUGCUGCCUCCACAGAACCGAGACAUUCGCCGAGUAUUGCUCAAUUUACGGGAUGAGGUUCGAGCAGGUACUAUGACAACUUCUCUCGACACUCUCAACCAGACGGAAACCAGUCUCUAAACCAAACAACAUUACUGCAGCCAUGCAAAGAAUAUUCAAAUAAUUUGCCUUUGUUCAAUGUAAUUUAACGUCGAAUCUGGUCAUAAAUUGAUCGUGUUGGAAAACUUCAUUCUCAGCUGUUAACACUUUACAUACACUUUUUAGACUGUUGUCAGAAUUCGUUCACUGACGUUACUAACAAGUUAAGUUGGAACUGAAAAAAAUUAAAAUAAUUAUAGCAUUAAUGUUUACCUUAGAUGUGCCAUUGAAAUUUCUACUGCUCACACAUAUUUUUUGUACAUAUUACAGGAAGGUUUUGACAACUUUAAUGUAGGUUAUUUGUAAAUUAAAAUAAAUUCAUAUUAAAGCAUUUGUAUUUUACAGAUUAAGUCAGUGUUCAAUGCAAUAUAGUGUAGAAAUAUUUUUGUUAUUAAUAGAAUUAUAAUAAAAUUAAUGUUAUACUUUAUGAAUUAAGCUUAAUUUAUUGAAUUGUUGACGUUAUUUUAUGAGAGUUACGAAUAAAUUGUUUUAUAUAUUAUUUAUAAUGUAUUAUAUCAAAUUUACAGUUUAUUGAAAUAUUAAUAAGUAUAUAUACAGAGUAUCACCAAACUCCCACUAAACUUUGAUUAUUUUGUGUUAUACAUAAUUUAAAAGAACUUAUGAAUAUCUUGAAUAUCUUAUAUACUUGAAAUCUUGUAGACAGGGUUUUAAAUUGUUAAUUGUAUUUCUACAAAGAUUUACAAUAAAUUAUCAGUAAAUUAAGUAGUUUUCUUUUAUUGAAUUUUUUUCCUCCAAAAUAUAUUUAGUAGUAAACAAUUAAAAUCAGAUAAUUUCUGAAGAACUAUGAUUACCUUUUCUCAAAUCAAGAGAGAUUUAUGUUUAUGAAUGGUAAAGAAAACUAAGUAGUUAUUAUCAAAUAAAAUGUUUAGAGUGCAAAAAGUUUUGUCAGAUAUUUAACUAAUGUUACAUAAUAGUCUCUAUCAGAGUAUGAGGGAAAAUGUUGAAGAAUAAGACAAACUCGAGUUGUAAUUUUUACCUGGAUGUUGCAUAAUCAUUUACAUAUGUUAUGAAUUAGGUUUUUAUAUUAGACAUGACUUAAUAUUAAGGCCAAACAAACUGAAAGCUCCAUCUUUAUUUCUUCAAUCAAUGGUUGAGGUUAUGUUAUCUAGUUUGUCAAUCAGAUUCAUUGUCAGUCAUCAACAUUGAAGUAGCCUUGUUGUAAAAUUGCUUAUUCUGACAUUAACCAACAAUCAAAGUGUUAAAUCCCCUUAUGGACUCAUUACUACAGUAGUAAAAUAAUGAAGAUUUUUUUAUUACAUGACUGAUAAAAUAAGACAUUGAGUAUGUAAGGUACGAGGUAAAUGAACAGUAUAGUGUUAAACACAUAAGUUAUUUUUAAAAUUAAAGCUAAUAAUGUUACUGUAUUGUUUGUUUUUAUUUUGGAAAUCUGAACAAUCUGGUGAAGCUUUGGUGAAGACUUUGUGGACAUUCUGUAUAAAUACAAUAACAGUAGGCGAUAAUGACAUAACAUUGCCAUAAAAAGCUCAGAAAAAGGGGGACAGUAUGUUUUUGGCUGAGGAAUUCAAUUUGGUUUGAGCCUUUUAAUGUUAUAAAAAUAUCUAUAAAUAUCUGGGUUCUUUUUAAACAAAUUGAGUUUCCAGUCUGAAAACUACUAGACCAAAUAUGUAAUGUACAUAGAGUUGUUUCAAGCAUUUAAUUUGUAACAUACUUCAGAUUAGCAAUAUAAAAAUGUUAAGUUCUUGCCUUUGUUUUUAUAUUAGUGUUUUAUUUUGCAGUUUUAAUGUUAUUACUUGUACCAUAUGUAUAUCUUAUUAUUUGUUUUAUGUUGUCAAUUAUUUUAUUUAUGCAAUUCUUCACCACAUUAUUUUACUGUUGUCUGUAUUUUAACUUUCAACUGAAUGCAUUUCAAUAAUGUAACUUGAUUAUCUGAAACAGUUAUUUGGUUAUUAAAACAAGUAUGAAGGAAAUGUUCUUUUUUCCUAUUUUCAAACAGUUCAUUUACUAAAAUUUUAUAUCAUUCUUUUUUCAAAGUAUUUUUUUCUAAAUUUGUGUAAUUUUUUAUCGGAAUAUUAAUUUUUUUAUUUUAAAGCAAAUGACAGUAAUAAUGUGGUAAGCCUAUUUUUUAUUUCAUUGAACAAACAUCAUAAAAUCUCUAAACAUGUGUGAAACUAGCCAAUUCGUGCAUUUUCAUGCAGAUGGAAAGAAAAGCCAAGAUUGAUUGUUGUUCCUAUUGAUUGCCUUGUGAAUGGAUCAUUGUGGGAUUCAAAGUCGCGUGUUUAUACUAUUGUGUGUUUGGAUGCUCAAAUUAGAGUAACUUUAGAACAAAUAAUCCUGAUUUGUCACAGUUUGAUUAUAUUAAUGUUAAUAGUAUUUAUAAUUGUUAUUAACUCCAGUAGUGCCAAUAUUUGAUUAUGUAGUUGUUGAGUAUUAUAUACAUAUAUUUCAGAUUUCCUUUUAUUCUAAUUUUGUUUUACUGUUGUGAAUUGGCUAUACCACUCCGUACCAACCACUAGGUUGAAUUUAAUUUAUUCUCAUGUUAUUUUUUGCCAAACAAAUAUUAUUUAUUUUAUAUUGAUAGUCAUUCAUCUUGCAUAAUUGGUUGUAAUUCAUGUCUAUUAUAACUAAAAAUAUUGUGUGCUCCUAAAAUAACAAUAACCUCAUGUGUUUCACAAAUUAUAUGUUGCUUAUGAAAUUUAUGUUGAUGAUCUUGUUUAGUAUAAAGAGCUCAGUUGGACAUCUCUGUUACUUGAUAGCGCCGGUGAAGUUUUAUAGAAAUAGUAUUGGUAAUAUUUUAAGACAUCAAUAAAGCUUUAGACACAUCACUA